AUGUUCGUUUACAAGAGAGAUGGACGCAAGGAACGCGUGCAGUUCGACAAGAUCACUGCCCGUGUCUCCAGGCUGUGUUACGGCCUUGACGCAGAGCACGUUGAUGCUGCUGCUAUCACCCAACGAGUUAUCUCUGGUGUCUACCAGGGUGUGAACACUAUUGAGCUGGACAACUUGGCUGCCGAGACUGCGGCAUACAUGACCGUCACACAUCCCGACUAUGCCAUCCUGGCCGCUCGUAUCGCCGUUUCCAACCUCCACAAGCAGACCAAGAAGCAAUUCUCUAUGGUUAUCCAAGAUCUCUUCCACUAUGUCAACCCCAAGAACAAUAAGGCCGCACCCAUGAUUUCCGAACACAUAAACGAAAUUGUUCAAAAGCAUGCCGAUGAGCUUAACUCUGCCAUCGUCUAUGACCGUGAUUUCAACUACAACUACUUUGGCUUCAAGACUCUGGAGCGAUCAUACCUGCUCCGCAUUAACGGAAAGGUUGCCGAGCGUCCUCAGCACCUGCUCAUGCGUGUUUCUGUUGGUAUUCACGGUGAGGAUAUUGAGAAGGCCAUUGAGACCUACCAUUUGAUGUCCCAGAAGUUUUUCACUCACGCUUCCCCCACUCUGUUCAACGCUGGUACUCCCCAGCCCCAAUUGGCCUCUUGUUUCCUCGUUGAUAUGAAGGAGGACAGUAUCGAGGGUAUCUACGAUACUCUGAAGACCUGUGCCAUGAUCUCUAAGACCGCUGGUGGUAUUGGCUUGAACGUUCACAACAUCCGUGCCACCAACUCUUACAUUGGCGGAACCAACGGCUCUUCCAACGGUAUUGUUCCCAUGCUGCGUGUGUACAACAACACCGCUCGUUAUGUCGACCAGGGUGGUAACAAGCGUCCUGGUGCUUUUGCUAUCUACCUUGAGCCCUGGCACGCCGAUGUCUUCGAAUUCCUGGAUCUGCGUAAGAACCACGGUAAGGAGGAGGUUCGUGCUCGUGACUUGUUCUACGCUCUGUGGACCCCCGAUCUUUUCAUGAAGCGAGUUGAGGCCAACGCCGACUGGACCCUGUUCUGCCCCAACGAGGCCCCCGGUCUUGCUGAUGUCUACGGUGACGAGUUCGAAGCCCUCUUCGAGAAGUACGAGAGGGAGGGCCGUGGCCGCCGUACUAUCAAGGCCCAGAAGCUGUGGUAUGCUAUUCUCGAGGCCCAGACCGAGACUGGUAACCCCUUCAUGCUCUACAAGGAUGCUUGCAACAGGAAGAGCAACCAGAAGAACCUGGGUACCAUUCGCAGCUCCAACCUGUGCACUGAGAUUAUCGAGUACAGUGCUCCUGAUGAGGUCGCUGUUUGCAACUUGGCUUCUCUGGCUCUGCCUACCUUUGUCGAUGCUGCUCGUGGCGAGUAUGACUUCGGCAAACUGCACGAGGUCGUCCAGGUCCUGGUUCGCAACCUGAACAAGAUUAUUGAUAUCAACUACUACCCUGUCCCCGAGGCUAAGAAGAGCAACUUCCGUCACCGUCCCAUUGCCCUCGGUGUCAACGGUCUCGCUGAUGCCUUCCUUGCCUUGCGUCUGCCUUUCGACUCUCCCGAGGCCAAACAGCUGAACAUCCAAAUCUUCGAGACUAUCUACCACGGUGCUCUGACUGCCUCCUCCGACCUGGCCAAGCAGCUCGGAACUUACGAGACUUACGAGGGCUCCCCCGUCUCCCAGGGUAUCCUGCAGUACGACAUGUGGGACCGUACUCCUACCGACCUUUGGGAUUGGGCUUCACUCAAGGCCAAGAUUGCCGAGACUGGUGUGCGCAACAGUCUGCUGGUUGCCCCCAUGCCCACUGCCAGUACCAGUCAGAUUCUCGGCUUCAACGAGUGCUUCGAGCCCUACACCUCCAACAUCUACUCCCGUCGUGUGUUGGCUGGUGAAUUCCAAGUUGUCAACCCUUGGCUCCUGAAGGACCUGGUCGAUCUUGGUCUGUGGUCCGACAACAUGAAGAACCGUAUCAUCGCCGAUGGUGGUUCCGUCCAGAACAUCCCUAACAUCCCCGCCGACAUCAAGGCCCUGUACAAGACUGUUUGGGAGAUCUCCCAGCGUAACAUCUUGCAGAUGGCUGCUGACCGUGGUGCCUUCAUUGAUCAGUCCCAAUCUCUUAACAUCCACAUGAAGGAGCCUACCAUGGGUAAGAUUACCAGUAUGCACUUCGCUGGCUGGAAGAUGGGUCUGAAGACCGGCAUGUACUACCUGCGUACUAUGGCCGCCUCGGCGCCUAUCCAGUUCACUGUCGACCAGGAGGCCUUGUUGGUCGAGGACACCAACGUCGCUCGUAGCAAGAAGCGCGUCGGAGGUGGUGGUGCUUCUUCCUACUCCGCUGUACCCCGUGCCAACGGUGCUGAGGCCGUUAUUGCUGCCCCCGUCCAGGAAAGUCCCCGUACUGUCGUCGAGCCUACCGUCGUUGCCCCAGCCAAUGUCGUCCCUAUCGUUGAGGCUGCAUCCGAGGCUGCUGCUGCCCCCGCUGAAGGAGAGGCCGCCGAGGGUGAGAAGUCUUCUGGCGAUAUCUUCUCCGACGCAGUGCUGCAGUGCAGCAUCGAGAACAAGGAGGCCUGCCUCAUGUGCCAGGGUUAA